GUUCACAGUAUGUCUCAUUUAUUUCUCGGUAUUUGUUCGAUGACUCAAGAUCGGAAAAAAGAUAGAAAGUCGAUUUUGAAACGAUUACGUGUCGCGGUCAUUAGGAAGAAUUCCUCUAAACUGUCUAAACACCGGAUUCACCAUUUAUCUAAUUGUAACGGUUACGAAUGUUAACUUGUUUUUACACAUUUUUACUAGCUAUCUCCGUUACAUUUAUGUUCGAUCGAAUGCCACGUGUAUGCAAUGUUUGAUCGAUUCCGAACCCGACAGCAAACUCGACUACACUUUUCGCUAGCACAGUUUAAAACAUUUGUAUUUUAUUGUACUAUCGUGCCGCUGAUGUCAAAGACGAUAUUUAAUUGCCAACGAAACGAUUCGAUCGACGAGCGAUUCAUGUGGCUUCUUAGAUUCGCAAACUUGAAACAAAUCAAAGAGUUUCUCGCGAAGAACAGCCAAUCGCUUUGUUUGAAUUAUCCCACGGUAAAUUUGAAAACACCGUUAACAGCGACUAUCGAUCGCGGCGAUCCACAAAUUUUGACUCUUUUGUUGGAAAAAAAUUCAAUGGCUUUGAACGAUACGCUCACACAGCCGUGCGGUAGAACCGCUCUCAUGUAUGCCUCUUUCGUUUCGAGAAACCCAGAGAUAUUGCAGGCGCUCUUGAAAAAGGGUGCGGAUCUUUGGAAAACAGACAUCAGAGGCUGGACAUGUCUUCGAUACGCCAUCGUUGGCGAACGAUUGCAAAACGUGACGUUUCUAUUAGAUUCUGGCGCUUUCGUAAAUCGGAAGGAUUUUCUGGGUCGAACGCCCCUUAUGACAUCCGUGUACCUUUCGAAUUUGGAUAUCCUAUCGCUUUUGUUGGAUCGUGGUGCUGAGAUUAAUAUACGCGACAACGCGGGUUUCACUGCUCUUCAGAUAGGAAUUUUAUCGAGGAAAAGGGACGCGGUGAUCGCCUUAAUCGAAAGGGGAAGCGACGAGAACGUCGUCACACCUUCGACGAGAGCAUCGAUCGACGAAUUGUGCACAACUAGUAUGCCGGGUAUUCUACGGUGUCUUGAACGGAAAUCGAAAUCGAAAUCAAACAUAUUAUAAAUACUUUAUCGAAAUAUUUGCUCGCAAACGCUUUAUUGUACAAUUCAGUUUAGAAAAAGAAAUGUUGCGCUGCCAAUUUUUCCUUCGUCAAUUGGUCGAAUCGUUCGAUUAUGUUUUCGGACAUCU